UUCAAACAGUUGAGCCGUGGUGUUCUUGGGUGUGUUUGUUAGACAACAGCCGCACGUCAAUACUUGCCUCUGUUUCGUGUAUUGUGGUUCUAUUAUAACUGACGAUGUCUUCUCUACGCGAGAGCGGCGAUGACAAGCAAAAUCGCGGCCUGGAGAUGAAGGAUCGCCACCCCAGAUUCCAAGUGAAUCGGGUCGCUACAGUAGAUGGAGAUGAUGCCGACGAAGAAGAAUUGGCGGAGUUGUACGAUGAAGAAGACGAUUCACCCGGUUCUUACGUUAAAAGUUUUCGUCAUUUUACAAGAGAAGCGUUGCCCCGCAUGGAUAACUAUAGGAAUAUUAUGUCUAUCCAAGCAGCAUACAGGCCCACCCUGGACGAACUUCACCAGGCUACUCUUCAUGGCAAGAAUGCGACAGUGGUGCGCAUGAAUGGCGUGUCCCAGCUGGUACCAGAGACAGAAGGAGCUAUCAAGUUCGGAUGGAUCAAGGGUGUGUUGGUGCGCGACCUGCUCAAUAUCUGGGGCGUCAUGCUCUUCCUCCGAUUGUCCUGGGUAGUUGCUCAGGCCGGCAUGGUGCAGGGGGUUAUCCUGAUAUUCUUCACGUCGGUGGUGACGUUUAUCACAGCUCUGUCUAUGUCAGCCAUCAGCACUAACGGACUUAUCAAAGGAGGAGGGACGUACUUCAUGAUAUCGCGGUCGCUGGGUCCCGAGUUCGGCGGAAGCAUCGGGUUGAUCCUGUCUCUUGCCAACGCCAUCUCCUGCGCCAUGAACUGCGUCGGGUUCUGCGAGUCACUGCAGGACCUACUGAGCCGGUACGACAUCAAGAUCAUCGACGGGGACAUCACUGACAUGCGCAUCAUGGGCUGCAUCACCAUCACGGUGCUGCUCGGCAUCGUCUGCAUCGGAAUGGAGUGGGAGGCCAAGACACAAAUGGCCCUGAUGGUCAUCCUGCUGAUAGCCAUCGCGGACUUCCUCAUCGGAGCUGUCAUAGGGCCUCAGAACGAGAAAUCCAUCGCCCAGGGCUUCGUAGGCUGGAACUGGACGGUGAUAUCCAACAAUAUAGGACCGGACUACAGACAGUACCAAGGAGUACAUCACAACUUCUACACAGUGUUCUCUGUCUUCUUUCCUGCAGCAGCCGGCUUCCUGGCUGGAGCAAACAUAUCCGGAGAUCUCAAGGACCCCCAGAAGGCCAUACCGAAGGGUACGCUGCUGUCUAUAGUGAUCACCACCCUCUCAUACAUGGGGAUGGCUGUGAUAGCCGGCUGUAUCGUGGCCAGGGACGCCACGGGGAAUGUGGAGGACGUCGUCAACGGCACCUUCACCAACUGUACUGGCAUCAAGUGCAAGUACGGUCUCCACAAUGGCUUCUCCAUCAUGGAGCUGGUGUCCGUGUUUGGACCUCUUAUCUACGCAGGGUGUUUCGCUGCCACGCUGUCGUCUGCUCUCGGCUCACUCGUGUCCGCACCUAAGGUGUUCCAGGCGCUGUGCAACGACAAGCUGUAUCCGUACAUCGAGUUCUUCGGCAAGGGUUACGGCCGCAACAACGAGCCGGUGCGGGGCUACAUCCUCACCUUCUUCAUCGCCAUCGUCUUCAUCCUCAUCGGUCAGCUGAAUGCAAUCGCUCCGUUAAUCUCCAACUUUUUCCUCGCUGCGUACGCUCUCGUCAACUUCAGCACGUUUCACGCCUCACUGGUCAAACCCAUCGGUUGGCGGCCGACAUUCAAACACUACAACAUGUGGCUUAGCUUGGCCGGAGCCAUCCUGUGUGUGGCAGUCAUGUUCCUCAUCUCCUGGUGGACUGCUCUCCUCACCAUGGGACUGGAGCUCUUUCUGUACCUCAUCGUCUCCUACAGGAAAACCGACGUCAACUGGGGCUCCUCUACGCAAGCUCAGACGUAUCGGAACGCUCUGAACGCUGUCCAGCUGCUCAGCAAGGUCCAGGAGCAUGUGAAGAACUACCAGCCGCAGAUACUGGUACUGUCUGCUCUGCCCAGCUGUCGGCCGCCUCUCGUCGACUUUGCCAGCCUCAUGACCAAGCACUCGCUGUUGUUGUGCGGCCAUAUCCUCAGUGCGCCAGUGCCACACCGAGUGCGGUACGUGCUGAACCAAAAGGCGCGCAACUGGAUGGACAUCCACAAGAUCAAGGGGUUCUACUGCAGUAUAGAUGACUCGUCGUUCGAGGAGGGCGCCAAGUCUCUGAUGCAGACGGCAGGGCUCGGCAAGAUGCGCCCGAACAUCCUUCUUAUGGGCUACAAGAUGGAUUGGCGCACCUGCGACCGUGGUGACCUAGCCAUGUACUUCAACACUAUGCACAAAGCCCUGGACCUGCAUCUGUCCGUGGCCAUCCUGAGGCUGAAGGAGGGCUUGGACUACUCCAAGAUAAUCACAGACGAGGUGGCCAUCGUGACAACGGAGGUCGAGUCCACAGCCAACGCUGCCACCAGUUUCCUCUCACAGCUCAACUCUCAAGAAACACUGCCCAGGAAUGAGUCCUUCAUCUCUACCAUGUCGCAAGCCCAUAGAAAUGACUUCAAUGUCUCAACCUCUUCGUUGAUUUCAGCCUUACUGGGUCGGAACUAUGCCGUGAGUGAAACGAGUGAGUUCUCACCACCUGGAACCCCCGCUGUGACCAGGAACCCCAUAGGUGCCUCGGCUGCGGCAGGCAAGGGCGACGCUGGAGACAACAAGCAGGACAAGAGAGAGAAGGACAAGAGGAGGGAGUCUCGCUCUCACAUGUACUUGGGUCUGGACGGUCAACCUCUGAGCAAGCCCAUCAUCAACAACCUCAUCCAGUUCCAGAAGAGUCAGAAGAAGGGCAUCAUCGAUGUGUGGUGGUUGUACGACGACGGAGGUCUGACGUUGCUGCUGCCGUACAUCAUCUCCACCAGACACAACUGGUCCGACUGCAAGCUGCGGGUCUUCACGUUGGCCAACAAGAAGGACGAACUGCAGUACGAGCAGAGGAACAUGGCCAGCCUGCUCGCCAAGUUCCGGAUAGACUACUCAGACUUGAAAGUAAUCCCAGAUAUCACCAAGAGCCCUCAGGAGGAGUCGGUGGCGGCGUUUGAGUCUCUCAUCAAGGAGCUGAAAAUUGCGGAUGAGGACGAAGACGGAGUGCACAUAACGGACGCUGAGUUGCUGGCGAUGAAGGACAAGACCAACCGACAUCUGCGACUGAGGGAACUGCUGCUGGAGCACUCCACCGCCUCCAACCUCAUUGUCAUGACACUGCCUAUGCCGAGGAAGAACGUAGUGACGGCGAUGCUGUACAUGUCGUGGCUGGAGCUGAUCAGCAGAGACUUGCCACCGUUCCUGUUCGUACGAGGCAACCAGCAGUCCGUGCUCACGUUCUACUCGUAAACACCCGACGGCAGGAGACGAGACAGCUGUCAGUCUAGCAGGCGACUCCUCCGCUGCUCCGAGGAUCGGACACCACUACUCGGCUUCUCACUCUGGCACUUCUGUGUCACCAGUUCUCUAUGUGUUCCGGCCGGCUGGGGUCGUGACACUACAGUUCCCACGCUUUACCGUAAUAAUUGUUGUAGCUCCUUAGCCGUAAUCAGGUCACUUGUAAAUACUGUUGAACAGGCCAUCUUUUACGUACGUGUAUAUUGGUUUAAUAUACUUUCUAUGUUGAGAUUUAUUUGUUUAUUUGUAAAAACCUUUUUUAUUUUUAUGAUUUCAAAAUCAUCUCGAAAUUUAAAAGGUAUAAUAUGUGUUUGGGUGUCAGGUGGGUAAGUGUCCGUCUCAUCUUCUCGAAGAUACUAAAGAUUAGUGAUUAUAAUUUUUGUAACCAUUUCUUACCUCAUAUCCUUUUAUAAUUAAUUUCAUGUAGAAAGCAGAAGAGAGUAAUUAUUGUAUUGUUUUAAAAAUUUCUGAAUCAAUAAUAAUAAUGUUGGUAUUAGUUUUCUUAUUAAAAAUAGUUAGUUUUAUUUUGUUUAACAGUCUUAGUUGUUUUAAUUACGAACUAAAACAUCUGAGAUUGCAUGAAUUUGUUUAUUUUAACAAAAAUACUAAAGGAGAUGCCAAAUCAUUUAUUAAAUAUGUGUUCUUAAUUUUGAGAAAAACUUAAGUUUUUUUCUAUUUUCCUCUGGUUAGUGGGUUUUAAACUUGUUUCAGAUCUUAAAUUUUCCCAACGAAAUUAUUAAGUUAUAACAUUUGUCCAAAAUACUUUAUUUGAUGUAAACAACAACGUGUAUGGUAAAAUAUUGAGAGUAAACAGAAUAUAUUAGUUUAUUGUUACUGUAGAUCCUAAAUAUUCCAAAAGAUUCAGGUCUAACCUUUUACUUAGUCUUAUAUCUUUACUUAAACGUUUUAAAAACAAGGAUAAGAUAUAAAAGGAACGCUGUAAGAAAUUUCCUCUAAAGCUCUUAUCAGUGAUUGUGAACGUUAUCUGUAACAUCUAUAGAACAUUUAUACAUACUUAUAGAAGCUAACCAUAGGAAAUUAUUUAUUUUAAACUUAAAAAAUACAGUAUCAAGAAAUAUAUCUCACAGGUGAAUGAAGGAAAAAUCAGGGUAAUUAUAAAAAAAUUUAUUUUUUUGUUAUGUACCGUACUUAUUAACUUUAUGGAUGCAUUUUGAACAAAACUGAGCUAUUUAAUCCAGAUUUUAGUAAUAUUGUUUUUUAAAAUUCCAAUACAGUACAAAUUGUUCAUCAGUUUCACUUAGUUGCAGGAAUGCAACAACAUUAGUUACAGAUUUACAUUUAUAAUCAUGUCACACAAUACAUUAUGGUGAAAACUAGGAAUCGGUAAAAUGAAUUUCCUUUCUGAUACCAAAUAUUUGGUCUCGAUUCUGAGUUAGAUAUCAAUUCCUCUUAUUUGUCAACUUAUCUUACAACAUUCUAAAUGAUUAUGUUUUGUUACGGCAAAAGUGAAUCUGGCCAGUCAGUCUAAUAUUUCAAACUAUCCCUAGUUGUGAUAUACAAAAUUAAUACAUGAACAAUAUAUUACUUUCAUAACAAAUAAAAGGCAUAUUUAUACAACUACACAAAUUACGAGAUAAAAAAUUAGAUUUUUGUUGUCUCUGAGCAGUGGACGUCCCUACAUAGACACAUGGGAAGUGUAAGCUAAAUAUUAUUAACGAGAGUACGAUAAUUUGUUAAUUUGGUGAUGUAUGUAUGGCGUUUCACACAAAGUACGAUAAUAACACGUUUUAGUGAUUGGCAAUGUCAGAUGUCGUCCUCAGACAAUUUUUAUUAUGUGGCGAUGCACGAACAUAAUUAUAGAAAAUAUGAACCGAAAUUAAAGUAUUAUUUACAAAACAGUAAAUUGUUAAUUUAUUUGUCUAUUUACGCUUUUUCAUACACGAAAUAUGAAAAGCACAUUUUAGCGAUCAGUUAUUUGCUUAUUGUCGAUCUGCGAUAGAUGCAGCUGACUGAUAUCAAAAUCGAGUGAAACGAGCCGCAGUGUCAAGAAUAAUCAAAAUCCACCCAUCCCUAGCUAAACCAAUAUCAUACCACAAAAAAUAAAUAACAUCCUUUAUAAUGUGUUAGUUUAUGAUGAAUGUUAAAUAUACGUGGCUAAAUUAAAGAUUUUCUAACAACGUAAUUUACGUUUACAUUUUACGAAACGCUUCAAAACGUAUGCAUAUUACGUAGGACAAGCAUUUGACUGAUCAACUACAAACUUCAUCUCCAAUAUUUAACUAAUAAUAGGCAAAAAGGUUACAAAUAAAAAUUAUUCAUAAAAUAAAGACACUUACAAAUCUAGAUAAAUUGACCAAACACAAAUAUCACCAAUUAUGUACGGUCGUAUCAAAUACAAAAUACUGAUUGCUUGAAUACAAUAUAUAAGAAAACAAAUAUUGUAACUACAAACAAAUUUGAGGUAAUCUCGCUAACUCUGACUCCAGUCACAUUGAGGUUAUUUUAGUCUUAUUACUCACAAUGGUACUGUAAGAAGUGUUAACUUUGUUUUUGGACAAACCCAAGCUGAAUAAAUUCAUUCAUGAAGAUUUGUUCAUACGAGUCAAUUUAGAAAAUUAUUACGAGUGAUCUGUUUAUAUGCAUUAGAUUACUUUUAUUGCUAUGCAGAGUUUUAAAUGAUAACAAAACUGUCCAGAAUUUAGUCUAAUUAUGUGCGGCCAACCUCUCUUGUGCAUCCAAAAUAUUUUACAAUAAUUACUUAAACGUAAAAUGAACUAAAAAUAUAUUUUUGUGUUCAAACUGUAUUAAUUAAUUUACUUCCGGUCAGAUGUCUCUGUCACGCUGUUGAACGUGUCCAUGAGUGUUACGUGUUCUCACUGUCAAAUGGUGUGUUUGUUGGAAUCAAAAUAACUUUGUCAACAUGUGAUAAGGUCCUUGCGUAGAUAUAACUAUUAGUGGUUUGUGAUACAUAGUGGUGUACUAUUUUCCGAUUUCUGCUUUUUUAGUACAAAUUACUUUGUUGGUCUUUGAUUCCAGUAUUCGUAUUUUGUGAUAGUAAUAUUGUAUCGCGGAUGUGUUAGCGACGCCAAUUGACAUUCGAUUUACUGUUUUUACGGUUAAUUUUUUUUUUAUUUACAGACACUUGUAUUUGAUGGAGUGGAAUGUAAUUGUGUGGUAUAAGUGCGUUAAUUUACAGUCUGUAAUGAAAAUUACAACUUGUGAGCACCACUCAGCUGAGUUGUGAGUAAAGGUUUUAACAUGAAUCGAACAUUCUAAUUUUUUUUAGUUUUUACUUGAGCAGAAAUAUUUCUUCGUGGUUAUAAAAGAUAUUAAACUUUGUUCAGCGAUCGAAUUGUCAAUUGGCGCAAAGUUAUUUUGUAAUUUUAUAUCCGAUCAGUUAUUGUUAAGUUUGUAAAUAGUGAACAAAUCUGUUAAACUGGAGAAGCUUUUGUCUUUAAGCAAUUACUUUGAUAUAAACUCGGGGUAUUGUUGUUUAAACGUGUUUACGUAAUGAAUAAAAAGCAAUGAUUUUACUGUUAUGAAACGUACGUGUAAGUGGGUUGUCGAGUUUUGCGUUGAACUCGUAGAAACUAAUUAUUUUUAUAUUAGAGCUAAGUAUUUAGUAGGCUGAUGUCAGCGGCAUGGAUGUGAUAAUAUUUUAAUGUUAUUGUUCAUGAAUAGUUAAAACUAUUUCUCCAUGAAUGUCACGUUGACUAACAUUGCUGUUUUUAAGAAAACCAAUGUUAACGAUGUAUUCUAAUUAAUGUAAUUGUUUUGUAAAUACAGCUUUCACAAUCAGUUGAAAACUAAUCGCUUUAAUAUGAACUAGAUUAUUGUUUAAACGUUAUCAGAAGAUUCAAAUACACACGAAAUACGACUAAAUCCAAGUAUGAUUUAUUGUUUUUAAUGUUAUGAUCAGUUAAGUAACCAAACUUGUAAAAACAAUAUUAAGUAGGUCUAACAGGAGAAAGUAGUGUUACAAAUAAUUGAUUUAAACUAAGAAUUUUUAUUUAUAUAUAUUUUUUAUUGUAAUUUGAAGCAUUGUCUAAAACGUUUUACCUAUGCUUAUCGCUUAUUGUAGUUCCGUAGUCACAUUCCAGUAAAUGUGGAAACUUCUUUUGCCGACAAAAGUCAUAUUUCCACCAGAAGAAGUGUACUUGAAUUGCAACCAAAAGUUAGUUAGUACUCACUAGUUUAGAUUAUUCGAUAGUCCGGUACCGACCUCCCACCGCAGAUAAGACUAGGAAAUCCUGCUUGACAAUAAGCGAAGCUUGGUACAGCCGAGCCAUGGACCAAUCUGGAGCGAAGCUUCCAGUCUCACUACUGUGUUCAGAAUGUCUGCCGUAACCAUUCACACAAAGGCGUUUAUUUAUGACAUUUCUCGCAUCUUUCGCUUUUGUUUGCACUCAGUAACUUGAUAAAAAUUCUAUCAAUGUACUAUACUGGUAUAUGUGUGAAUAAAAAUUAUUAAAUUGUAGGUUUUUAUUUACAUUUUGGAAAAAUAGUUGAAGUUAAAAACAAUUCGGAAUUUUAAUACUUACAAAUAAUUUAUGUAUCUUCAACAGUUAUACGACUAAUAUUGUUGGUUAAAAAUAAUUCUUCGGCUGGCACACAGUAUUUUCAAGAGUAACCAUUUAUUUUUCAAUUUUUAUUCUUUGAUAAUAAGUACAAAUGUGUCUGAUUUCCACUUCAGAAUGGAUUUUGAGUUUUAUUUAGAUUCUGUGUUGUGUUCAGUGUAGGAUCUUGGUUACCAGCAAGUGAACUUAAACGGUUCCUUGUGCAUUAAAAACCAAGGCAUUAUUUCAAUGUUCAAAAUCAGGUGCCUUCUCCCAGCAUGGAAUAGGUUUUUGGCUUGGUCGAUGCACGAUUUAGACCAUUGCCUCGGUACUCCAAUGAUUUGCUGCGUUAUUACGAGGAUUUGGUCAGCAAAAUGUUGACGGAGGAGUUAACAACGUAUUUAAGAGUUAAAAUCUUGUGUUGCGAUCUUGUUUUGAGGCCUUGACACACAGUUGGUUCAACAUGAAUUUGCUGUUGAUCAGAUUGAUAUAAUUGUUAUUUAAUUUAGUGCUUUGUGUCAUCAUGCUUUAAAAAUUCUAGGAUCUAAAAGUCAAAUGGAAGUCUGUCGUGUCUAUUCGUUCUUUCUGCCCCUUCGAUUUAUCGUCUGGAUUAUAAAACUUCAUAACUUAGUAAAGAACUAAUAUAUUUUUGUUUAAUUUAACAUUAAAGACAUAUGAAUAUUUGUAAAAAAAAUCCAUAGUAAAAAUAUAGUUUUCAAAGUAUGACGUUGAUUAUUUUAAAAUAUACGGGUUAGACUUGAUUACAGUAAUCCUCCUAUUUUUGUAAGCCCUCGCGUAAUGUCAAUGUUGAUUUUAGUGCCAAAAUCAAUUACGAAUGUCCAAGGAAUCAACAAUCCCUUGGAAGGACUAUGAACAAAUAAGUUGAAUCAGUCAAUUUCCAACAAAAAAUUAUUUCAAAUUCCUUAUUCAUUUUCAUCAAGGAAAUCACAGGUGUCAGACAAUUACAAUGAAAUGAAGUUUACAUGAUUUUGAUAAUAAUAUAAAAAACUUAAAUUAAUCAAUCUUGAUGGUGUAGAUUGUUAAGAGUUGUUCCGCAGUGAAUCAUUUUACUAUAUAUAACAAUUGUGAUUUUUCAUAUACAAAAAGUCAUUGUCGAAAUAGCACAGCACACUGGUAGUGAAUUCAAAUGUAAAGUCAAAACCUAAGAACAAGAUUUUUAGUGUCCAUGUUUGCAGAAUUAAGUACAUGUACAUUUAAAAUUGUUUCAAGCCCUUAUUUUGCUUAAUAUGAUUUACGUUGACGCCGAUUCGAAAGCGAGUUUACACAGGCUGUAAGUGCAGUGAAAGUUGGUCCUCAAAGCUCAUGUACAAUUACAGACAAUACCAUAACGUUGGUAAAUUUUCCUUAAUGGAACAGGAAAAGUGCCCAGAAAAACUAGAAUAGUCUUUAGCUAUAAUCAGGAGAACAAUAACGUAUUAGGGAAAAGAGUAAAUCGUAUUUUUAAAUAGAUUUUGAAUAUUGUUAAUAGGGAAUUCGGAAGAAAACUAAACCGUUAUCAAUAUUGCUUUGUCUCUCAAACUGAUCUAGCGAGUAUAAAACGUAAGUUGCAAAUUUUUUUCUUUAGUUUAUAUUUUCACUUAGUCAGUUUCAUGCUUUACAACACAAUUUAUGGACAUGUUGAUUGUAUGAAAUCUUUAGUGUUUAAAAUAAGCUGCUGUAUUUAUAAAUUUCAAUGUGUAAAAUAUAAUUUAUUUUAAUUAUUAUUUUUAAAAUGUUAAUAAAUUGAUGAUUAUA